GUAUAACACUUGUAUACUUCUAAACAUGAUAUUAUUUCGUUCCUGAUACGAUGAUUUAGAUAGUAGUGGAACUGGAAAUCAAUUGCAGCUUAUAUAAAUUAGUUCAGGGUGAAUGAUGUUUUCAGACAAGAAGUACUUCCUGUGGACAUUGCUAGUAUUGAGUGGAUAUCGAAUCUCAAGUGGACAAUUCCAUCCGGAGUUCUGUACCCCACUUCCAGGAAAUUUAACAAAAGGGCCUGUUCUACCUACCCUGAGUAACCAGUAUUACACCACUGCGGAAUGGCGUCAGAUGAGUUCCGAAAAGUCUGUGUACAUACAGGAGUACUUUGAUGAGCCUGGACAAAGGGCAGUGGUCAAAGCGACUGGGCUGUAUGACCCGGGAGACACUGUGAUAAACAUGAAUUAUUAUAACACAAAGGAGAGACUCUACAUUCAAG